AAUCGGUGUUCAGGCAUCGUAACACGUGGACCAACCAUCUCAGUUGAUGAAGAUUCACAAACUCAUCAACUGAUUUACCAUCAUUCUCUGGUACCAUGCAUCUAGCCUCACUAUUACUUACCCUGUGAUCCCAGCAGAUGUGAGCAAUAUUUCCAAGAUAUCUGCAAUCAAAUACUAGUGGCUUACGAGUAUCUUCUACUCGUAGUGGCCACGUUUUGCAGCCGUAAAGAAGAACAGCACAAACUGCCGCGCAGUAUGUUCAUCCUUCAAUUGAUAUAUGGAUAUCUUGCCUUCGUCAUAGGUGACGUAAGUUGGCAAAAGCCAAACGAGCUUUUUGAAUCGGUGCUGAAAUUUCGUCAGACACCAACCCAUUGGGGCUGAACAGGCUUCCAAGAAAAGUGAAGUUGUUGACGCGUUCGACAUCAUAUGAUAAAUUAGCCUGCCUAGUAUUGUGGUCAGUUUGUUAGUUUUAAGUCUUAUAUUACGUGAAACGUACUAAGGUCGGGGAUGAUAAGUUAUGGAAAUAAAACGUUCACUUAACCUCUGAUUGAAACGCCCUAACUUUUUAAAAGCUUCGGCAGCUGAAGUCGCCAUGAUUGAUUUCAUUAACAAGUAAGACUAUCCAAUAAACCAUAAAUGCAAUUGAGUGAAUCUGUAAAAUAACGACUUUAGAUAAAAGAAUUGCCUAGUAUUUGUCACAAUGUCAUUCACAUCCCUCUAUAUAACACUUCAAUUUUCUGAUACAAUGACUUUUUACAGUAUAUCAGAGGUUGUAAUUUGUUUGUAUCACCAAAUUGAACCUACAAGAAACUCAUAAAAUGAACUGUUAGCUGUAACUAUUUAAUUAAAUAAGCUUGAUCAAAACUUAAUCAUCAAUACCUUGUAUAUAUUAAAAUUACACCUACAGAGUCUGUUAACUGCUCGUACUAUCUAUCGAAAACCAUGAUUCAUGUAUUAAUUAAUGAUCCAAGUGAACAUGUAUGUUACGAAUCCAGUCACUAGCCAAUGUGGCACAAUUUUUGAUCCAAUUUUCGCGAACCGUUACUAGUUUCUAUUUAAAAUACAGUACACUUGUGUUCGGGUGGAAAACAUUGGCACUGCAGAAAAUAAACUGCUAAUCAUGCCAUUCAACUGUUCACCUUAGGAGGAUUUGACUGAAAAGGAUACUCAUUUUCACCUACUAUAUAAUCAGUUUUUACUUAUCAAUCUACCAAUCAUAGGAGAUCCUGUUGAGAUUCAACGUAUGCGGCGCAUCAUUUCCAUAAUGAGGCUCUGUUUAUAACAUCAAUUCGUGUGCAAAUAAUUCCUGUCGUAUUUCUUCUCUCUCUCACAGUCUUGAAAUUUUGGGUUCCAAAGAACAUAUUAUCCCGUAAUGCUUCAAAGUCUUUCACGUAUUGGGGAUACAUUUGCACGACUACCUUUCUUAUUUUUUGUCGAAUUAGUAGCAACAAAGCGCGUUACUUUUCUUUAUGAUUACUGGAAACUUUAUUCCAAUUGGAUAACAUCGACUUGUCCUUCUUGUUUGUGUCCAGAUGAAUCUCAUAUCAGCUUCAUUAUCUCAGUCGCUUUCAUCAUUUGUGCAGUCACUUCAGUUAUUUACAUUAAAGGCAUUUUCACUGUUGUAUUUAUUGUAAUAAAUCUCUUUCUUGUUUGUAUAAUGUUUAUGAAUUAUAUGUCUUUAUUGUAUACGAUCACAUUACCGACAUUUCCAUCGGCUUUUUCUUCUUUCUCUACUUAUUUUCCCUCGUCGUCUUCUUCUUCUACUUCACUGUCAUUACUUAUACGAUGGCAUUGUAUAUUAGGCUGUUUAUUACUUGCCACUUCACUAUUGUUUAUGUUAAUAAAUUCAAUAUUCAGGCGUAUACCAUCCUAUAAAUAUUUUAUAAUUAUACUUUUUUAUAUUUCUGUAUUACUUAUCUCUUCAUUGCCAUUUAUUAUUAAGUCUUCAUCAAUAGAAUUAAUAAGAUCCGAUAAUGAUAAACCAUUAAGAAUGAUGAUAACAACAACAACAACAACAACAGCAAAUGAUAACCAUUCAUUUCAUACAAAUAUCAUCUAUGGAUUAAAUAAUUUUUCGUCGUCUUGUUUAUUUUAUGUCUAUACAAUGAUUGAACCGAAUUGUUGUGUCAAACAAUCUAAUGUAAAUAACAAUUGGCAAUCUCUUUGUCUACCCUCAAAUAUUCACAUGUUUUCAUCAAAUGUGAAUAAUAUUGUUCAUGAUAUAACUAUUGUUUCUGAAGAAGCUUAUCGAUAUGAUCUAAUCUUAUUAACUUGUUCAUAUGGUUUAUUAUGUAUUUAUAUACUACUCUUAUUGUAUUGUUUAAGCAUUACUGAUAUUUAUGAAAUGUUUAUGUCAUGUAUUGAUAUAGAAUUGGAAUUAUAUCGACUUGGUCUAGUUGAUUAUAUUACAUUUCAUUGGAAUCGAUUAGAUGUACCACAAAUUUUAAUGUACUUUUGGUCAUUUAAACUAAUGUCAGUGAUUAUUUUGGGUCCAAUCUGCUGGAGAAUUAUUCCAACUGGUGAUAUUAAUGUUGAUGAAAUAUCAGCGAAACUAUUCAAUUCUUCUACAUUAGAUGAAUACUCUAAUCUGGAUACUUCCAAUCAAUCAACAUUAUCUAUACUAUAUACAAGAUUAUUUGUUGGUCUUUUUGUACAUGGAUCAGAAACCUGGUUAUCAGUGUGUGGAGCAGCUGCAUUUUUUGGUGCAUUAGCUACUAUUUUCGUUUCUAUAUUGGUCUUUUUAUUGGAUCCAUCUCGUACUGGUACAGCUCGAUUAGCAGUAGUAGUCGCAGAAGCUCCAGCUGAUCCACAUACAUGGAAUGUAAUUGAUGAUCCAGCAUUAGCUUUAGAUCAAAAUGAUGUUAUUGCUAUGGAAUUAUUAGCUAGUACUGGAUGGAAUUGUGCUGUUGUUUUUUUAUUCUUAGCUUUUCAAUCAGAUAUGCCUAAUCUUCCACCAGUUUAUCGUGCAUCAUGUUCUAUGUAUGGAAUUAUGGUUCUUGUAAUUGCAUGUAUUCAUCCUAUUCAAGCAUUGAUCAAAUCAUUUUUAUUACGUCUUGGAGCACCUGGUCAACAAACCAAUUGGUCUGAACAUAUACGACCAUUAUGUUUUUGUAUUGUACUCAUAUUUACAUCUUUCAAUAUGUUCACUUGUUUACCAAGAAUAUUAACAAAUGACAAAUUAGAAUAUAUACGUAAUAUGAAUCAUAGUGAAAAUGCAUCUUAUUUAGCUGUUUUAUCACAUAUUGGUUCAUCAGAAGAAGCAAUACUUGCAAGGCGGUUAAGAAUAUUUUUAAGCGGUUGUCAAUUAUUAAUUAGCCUUAUAGUUACAUUAAUUGAAUAUGUUAUAUAUCAAUAUUCUUAUCGUUAUCCAAAUUGGACUGGAUUUCAACCAACAAUAUUUUGGACUAAAGUAAUUAGUUCAGUAAUUGAUUAUUUUAUAUCAUUAUUAUCAUUUCUAACCGUUUGUUGGUUAGUAUUUUAUGAUUCUUUCGGCUUAUGUCGUCUGUUUAUUAUAUGUUGUUAUUUUUCAUUAGUUUUAUAUCCAUCAGCUCGUAGAGCAUAUCUAUGGAUAAGAUGGCGGCUAUUAUGUACUAAACGUAUGAAUGAUUUAGUUAAUCCUAAUAAAUUACAAUUAGAACGUUAUGGUGAUAUAUGUCCAAUAUGUUUUAUUGAAAUGACUAUAACAACAUCUAAAAUAACUAGAUGUGGUCAUCUUUAUCAUUCAGAAUGUCUUAUACAAUGGAUGAAACAUAAAUUAACAUGUCCUAUAUGUCAAUCAGAUUUAUUAUCAACUAGAGUAACUAAUCAAAGACGUGAAGUUACAAAUGGUCAAUUACAAGAGACAAUAGAUUAGGUGAACAAGAUUGGAUAAGUUUGAAAGAAACUAAUCAGAAUUUUGUGACUUUAUUUGUUACUAUUACUACUACUACUACUGCUAUUACUGCUAUUACCAUCAUCAUCAUCUUUUUCACUGUCUAACCAUUCGAUAUUAAACAAGAAGAAGUCAUCUUUCAAUAUUGUAAAUGCAAAUUGUUAUUACUAUGUGCCUUUAAUUGUACACUCAUCAUUAUACUUUGUUAAGGAUGUUUGUAGAAUAGAGGCGCAUAUUAUAAAUUCAUAAUGUCUAUGUGAAGCUGCUUUUUUGUUGUUUUUUGUUUGUGUGUGUAUGUAUGUACGUGACCUAUUAUCAUGCAUAGCACAUAAAGAGAUUUACAAUAAAUUAUUGAUAUAUAAUAUUGUUUAAUUUUUCCAGAGAAAUAAUAAAGUCAGUUUCGAUGUGAUU